GGUUGGGGCGUCGCUUUUGACUCGUUUUCUUUUGGCAAAGCUUAUGUAUAAUGUUUAGGGAGCCCCGAGAAAGAGGGGGAGUGGGAAGAAAGUGAGAAAAAGAAAAGCUAAAGUCUUUGGUCUUUAGCACUUACAUCUAUCUGCUGCUUCUGCGGCUCACUGGUCUUUUGCUCUGCUCCCUCUGCUGCUCGUCUCCCGCCUCCAACGCUCGCUUGUCUUCUUUGGUCCUUCGAUCUUUUAGGCCCCUUCACCAGCCUCCCCACUAUGGCCGUCAUGCGUCUCGUCAUCAUCCCUGUGUCCUCGCUGCUUCCUCCCUAAUCUACGCCUCCACCCGAGUCCGUUACCUAUCGUCGCUUCCGCUGCCGUUUGGUUCUUGCUUCUCGUUUCACGGAUUUCAGACAGCAUGGACAUCGAUCUGAAUACCAUAGAGGAGGCGGAGGAGGAGGAGGAGGAGCCUGAGCGGUUGACAGGGCUCGGCGCUGCCCCUGCGGCGGCGGAUGCGCCUCAGGCGGUGUCGGUGUGCCUAGAGCUCUGGCAUGCGUGCGCGGGGCCCCGGAUAUGGCUGCCCAAAAAGGGGAGCUUGUUGGUGUACCUUCCGCAGGGGCAUCUGGAGUACCUGGGGUUCAGUGGCGUUGAUUGCGACGGAGGGAGAUGGGGAGCCUGCCGCUUCGAUGUGCCACCGCAUGUGUUCUGCCGUGUGAUGGAUGUUAAUCUCCAUGCCGACGUGGGCACCGAUGAAGUUUAUGCCCGGCUCUCUCUUGUCUCCGAAAGCGAGGAAUCGGAAGGAAGAGUGGACAAGGGCGAGACUGAAGGAGAAGAGGGAUACGAGGAUGGUGAAUUCAUGAGCAGGUCAUCCACGCCCCAUAUGUUCUGUAAGACUCUGACUGCUUCUGACACCAGCACCCACGGCGGGUUCUCUGUCCCUCGUCGAGCUGCUGAGGACUGUUUUCCUCCCCUGGACUAUAAGCAGCAGCGACCUUCGCAAGAGCUUACUGCAAAAGAUUUGCAUGGAACAGAGUGGAGGUUUCGCCAUAUCUACAGAGGCCAACCUCGUCGACACCUUCUUACAACCGGCUGGAGUGCAUUUGUCAAUAGGAAGAGGCUUAUUUCAGGCGAUGCAGUGUUCUUUCUUCGAGGUGAUGACGGGGUGCUCAGAUUGGGUGUUAGGCGAGCAGCUCAGUCCAAAGGCUGUAUUCCAGUUCCUGAACAUCAAAAUCCUGACGUGGCUUUAACUACAUUGGCGGUUGUUUCUAAUGCUGUGUCUAUGAAAAAGGUUUUCUAUAUAAAUUAUAACCCAAGGACAAGCUCAUCAGCAUUUGUAGUUCCAUAUUGGAAAUUUAUAAGAAGCUCUGAGAGUUCCCUUGGUGUGGGAACGAGUUUUAAAAUGUCUAAUGAAAAUGAUGAUGCCUCAGAAAGGAGGCCUACCGGUCUGAUAACUGGAAUCAGGGACAUUGACCCUCAAAGAUGGCCUGGUUCAAAGUGGAGAUGUCUGUCGGUUAACUGGGAUGAUGAUGUGGAUACUAAUAGACGAAAUCAAAUUUCUCCAUGGGAAAUUGAAUCAAUUGGUUCUGUUAUAGGCUCUGCUAGCCUGCCAACUACAGGUUCCAAAAGGGCUAAACUUUGUCUUCCCCCUGCCAGUAUGGAUUAUCCAAUUCUGAAUGGAAAUGGGUGUCUGGACUUGAGGGAGUCUGCAAGCUUCCACAAGGUCUUGCAAGGUCAAGAAUUAAUGAGACUCAAAACUCCAAAUAAUUUUGGAUUUGAUGCUCAUAUCCGAAAUCUUCAAUAUUUGGAAGGUAAGGGGCAUCCGUGCAAUGCAAACAGAAACAUGACAAGUGAAUCUGUUUCUGAAGGUAGUAGGAUUAGAAUCCCAGAUGGAGGUUCUGAUUUUUCCUUAAGCUGCACAGGCUUUAGGGAACCCGUUCGGUUCCUAGGGGUCUUGCAAGGUCAAGAAGUUUUCUCAAAAGUUCCACCAUUUCGUGGAGCUCGAUCUGAUGCUCAUACUGGGAAUGGUAAAUAUGGAUUGUUUGAUAGUGUUCAAACAUCUCAUGCUGGAAAAAGUUUACCAGCAUUGUCUGUGGGAUAUGGUACGCUAGUGCAACCAUCAUUGCCACUAAUUCAGGCAUCGUCUCCAUCCUCAGUUCUAAUGAUUCAAGAAGCAAAUUCCAAGACUUCCCUACUUCUAUCUAAUCCUUGUCAAGACAGGCAUGAUGGCAAUCGGUUCUUUCCAAAGACAAAUGGCAUGGAAGCAAUGCAUAAAAAAGAGGGAAACUUUGGAUUUUGGCCUUCAACAAUGGGUUAUCAUCUUGCUAAUGAGCAGCACAAGUUGGUCAAAAUCCAUGAUCCCAUCAUCAUCGAUGGUAAGGUGCACAGAGAAAAGGGGCAGGAUGUCGGCCAAAAUGGUUGUAGGCUUUUUGGAUUUCCUUUGACUGAAAGGAUCCCAGAAUCAAAUUUACAUGAGAAACCUCUACCUUUCUCUCCAAGUUUAACUCCAGGAAAGCUUGAUAUUGGCUUCACAACUUCUCCGAUGCCUCAAAUGCCCGCUAAGCCUGUUGGUUGCAGUUGCAUUGGAGCAAGUUCUUUGUAUGCCCUGUGUGCAGCUCCAUUUUAGGAUGCUGCUACCGAAUGAAAGAAGUUGGCUCUUGUUCAUGGAAACUAGUAUCUUGGUUAGGUUUGCAACGAAAGCCAUUUUAUCUAAUACUAGAUAUGCUUUCAAUAAUGCAUAAAAGGUGGCCAGUAUGUGUUAAGUCUCUUCAGAUCUACCCGUGUAGACAUGUUCCAAUAUUUCCGCAAUCCUUCAAGCGACAACCAUCAUGCUAAGAGACUGAUCCUUAUGAUGGAUGGUUAUGGACUUGUUGAUCAUUUCAUUGGUGUUACCAGAUUAUGACAACAUAAACGUGUGCCCUGUUGCAUCUUUAUCACCAUAUUAUGAACCAAAGUCUAUGUACGUACGCUCAGUACUCUUCUAUUACUUGUUGCUAUUCAGCUAUUUCCUACUCUGAUGUUUUAAGUAUGAUCAUCCUGUGUAUCCAAAAACCAAUAUUGCCAAUGCAAAAAUGCCCUAUUUGUUGCUGCUA